UUUUUUUUUUUUUAAAAAAAAAAAAGAAAGAAAUCAUGACAGAAACUGCAUUGGAUGUAAUGGAUGAAAAACAAAUGUUAAUGAAUUAUGAAGCAAAAUAUCCAGCAAUUUUUAUAUUAGGUGCAAAAGGAGUUGGAAAGAGUACUUUGAGUAAUAUGUUAUUGGGAAGUUAUUCUGAAGUAAAUGUUUCACCAAUAUUUCCAAUUUCUGAUAGAGAUUAUGAUGAUGAUGAAAAGGAAGAAACAUAUCGUACGGCAGAACUUAACAUAAAAGAUGAAAAAUAUACUAUAAUAGAUACGAUCGGUAUUCCAGAAUCAGAAUCUAAUACAGAUGAAAUAUGGAAUAAAUUAAAACAAGUUGAAAAGAAAAUUAAAAAUAUAAAAGCAUAUAUUUUUGUGUUAGAGGGAGGAAGAUUAACACAACAUGAAUUAUUAUUUAUUCAUCAAUUAUUUACAAGAUAUCCAAAAUCACGUACAAUAGUAGUAUUUACAAAAGUACGUAAAGCGUUAGUAUUAUCAAGUACAGAAAUGAAAAAAACUUUUAAUACACAAAUAUCAACAUUAUUACAAAGUAUAAAUGAUCGUUGGAUCGUAAUGCCAAGUUUAGAUUUAUUUGGUAAUAAUGAAGGUAAAAGUGUAAUUGCAAGUUUUGUUAAUGAUCUGAAAAAGAUGAUUUUGUCAAUAGAAGGUAAAGAAGGCUCAAAAAAAGUUAAAUUAAAGGGAGAUACUCGUGGAGUUAAAUCUCAAAGUACGGAAUUGGGGAAAAAAUUUUUUUAUGGUUUUUUAGUAGUGGCUUUUAUUACAUUAAUAAUUAUAAUGAUCUUGGUUUCAACAAAUAAGAUAACUGUAAAGUAGUAAUAAUUUAUUUAUUUUAUAAUAAAAUUUAAUUUUAA